CCUCACAAACGGAUAGAGCGUCGCUGAUCCAAGUGCACAGCGCCAUGGCAAUGGCGCCCAACGCCGCGUCGCUCCUCCUCUCCCUCUCCCCUCAAAACCCUAAUCCCCUCCUCCCCUUCCCCAAAACCCUAAACCCUCGCAACCCCUCCCGCCUCUCCCUCCUCCGCGCCUCCCGCUCCCCUCCACCCUCCUCCUCCGCCGCCGCCGCCGCCGCCCCGGCGGCGGACCCCGACGGCGCCGGGGCCGCCGCGCCGACCCGCGGCGAGAUCUUCCUCGAGCACCACCACUCCGCCGCCGCCGCCGCCAUCGUCCUCAAGGAGAACAAGAAGCAGGAGGGGGCGACGGAGAAGACGACGAGGAAGAAGAAGAAGAAGAAGCCGCAGCAGCUCCCCUCCAACGUCGCCUCCUGCUACGGCUGCGGAGCCCCGCUCCAGACGCGUGAAACGGACGCCCCAGGGUUCGUCGAUCCGGAGACCUACGAAUUGAAGAAGAGGCACCGCCAAUUGAGGACUGUUCUUUGUGGGAGAUGUCGGCUAUUGUCACAUGGGCACAUGGUAACUGCCGUUGGUGGACAUGGUGGCUAUCCUGGUGGAAAACAAUUUGUUUCAGCAGAAGAGCUACGAGAAAAGCUGUCUCACCUCCGGCAUGAGAAAGUGCUAAUAAUCAAACUGGUUGACAUUGUUGACUUCAAUGGCAGUUUUUUGGCACGUAUACGUGAUCUUGCUGGUGCCAACCCUAUUAUACUGGUAGUCACGAAGGUUGAUCUCCUUCCAAGAGAUACUGAUUUAAAUUGUGUUGGUGACUGGAUUGUUGAGGCCAUCAUCAAGAAGAAGCUUAAUGUCCUUAGUGUCCAUUUGACAAGCUCAAAAUCCUUGGUUGGCAUUGCUGGAGUCAUAGCAGAGAUUCAAAAGGAGAAAAAGGGCCGAGAUGUCUACAUCCUGGGGUCAGCAAAUGUUGGAAAAUCUGCAUUCAUCAAUGCUUUACUCAGGAUGAUGGCUGAAAAGGAUCCAGUGGCUGCUGCAGCUCAAAAAUAUAAGCCAAUGCAAUCAGCUGUUCCUGGAACGACACUAGGACCUAUUCAAAUUGAGGCAUUUCAAGGAGGGGGGAAAUUAUAUGACACACCUGGAGUGCAUCUUCAUCAUAGGCAAGCAGCAGUUGUUCAUUCUGAUGAUCUGCCGUCUCUUGCACCUCAGAGUAGAUUGAGGGGCCAACCUUUCCCUGCUUCGCUAGUUAAAGCGCCAAAGGAUGAUGCAAAUGCUGUUGGAUUGAAUGGUUUUUCAUUAUUCUGGGGUGGGCUCGUUCGCAUUGAUGUCAUUAAGGUUCUUCCACAAACACGGCUAACUUUCUAUGGACCCAAAAGAUUACAAAUUAAUAUGGUGCCAACCAUUGAAGCAGAUGAGUUUUACCAGAAAGAACUUGGAGUUACAUUGACACCUCCAAGUGGAAAAGACAAAGCUGAAGCCUGGCCAGGUCUCCAAAAUGUGCGCGACUUGGAGAUAAAAUUUGAAGACAAGAAGAGGCCUGCUUGCGAUAUUGCAGUCUCUGGUCUCGGGUGGAUCGCUGUGGACCCAUUCUGUGCACCGCCAGUCGAGAACGCCGAAACAUAUAAUUCCGAAGGAGAAGAACAUGGUGAACUCCGUUUAGCAGUUCAUGUGCUGAAGCCAGUGGAGGUCUUCGUCCGGCCUCCCUUGCCCGUAGGUAAGGCUGCUUCGGAGUGGUAUCAGUAUCAGGACUUGUCAGAGAAGGAAGAAGAGUUGAGACCUAAAUGGUACUACUGAUUUUUUUUCUUUUUUCUGACUAAAAUACAGAAAGCCUCCUCGAACUUCUAAUAUCACAUAUCACUCCCUUGUUUUCAAGCUAUUAUUAUCACCUUUCCCCCUUCCAUCAACUCUCUAUCGGAUUAUCGUUUAAAUUUGAAGUAAAAUAUCCGGAAACAAUAUGAUAAUGUUGAAACUGACCCUUUUGGGAGGGGAUUGUGAAAUACGAAUUGUAGUUUCGACGUUUCAGUUCAGGGGUCCAAAAUGAUAAAUCUUGUUGAAGUUCAGGGGACUUUUUCUGCUUUUGUAGCUACAUUUGUUAUUUUGUUAUGUAAGUGCUGUUGUAUUCUAAUUUGUUUUGCCGAUGUAGUUAGUUGCUUUUGGAUCCUGUUUCUGGGUCUCUUAUAAGCAAGUUAUAUUGUAUU